CACCUGUCAUUGCCUGUCAUUGGAAGUUAGUAUUUGCGCCGCACCUUAACGAUCCGCUGUACGUACAACCUACAGGAUCACAUUUGUCGGUGGAAGAGUCGUCGAGAUGAGUUCCUUACAUCUGGCAAAUGGUUCCGAAAAGCCAGCAGAAGUGGAGGGUCAGGCGCGUCUGUACAGCAUGGAAUAUUGUCCCUUUGCUCACAGAAUACGUCUCGUACUUAGCCUAAAGAAUAUUCCCCAUGACAUCGUCAAUAUCAACCUGCAAAGCAAGCCAGACUGGUUCCUUGAAAUUCAUCCAGAUGGUAAGGUACCAGCUUUCAUAGAUUUAGAUGGUACUCUAGUGACAGACUCUGUCGCAGUGGCGAACUAUUUGGAUGAAAAAUAUCCCGAACCAUCUCUGUACAAUGAUGAGACAAAGGAUCGUGACUUAGAACUGUUAGAUCAUUUCUCUAAGAUUAUGGAUACUUUCGCAAAUUGCAUAUUCAACAAGGAUAAGAGACAGUUUGAAAAAAUUCUUGCUGAGGUAACGGACGACUUGCAAGAAUUUGAAGAUGAACUUAAUGCACGCAACACAACCUUUUUCGGAGGGAGUAAUCCAGGUAUGCUAGACAUUCUAAUAUGGCCUUGGUUUGAACGUGCAAAGGCUCUAACUCUACUUUAUAAACAACGUGCAAGUCUCGACAAAGAAAGGUUUCCUCGUAUUAUGGAAUGGGUAGAUGGAAUGAAAGACCAGCCGUUCAUCGUAAAACACAGAUGUCCAUAUGAUAAAUUCGCGAAGUUUAUAGAAGCUGUAAGAACGGGAAAUGUUGAUUAUGACAAUCUUUAAAUGUGUUUGCAUGGUAUAAUAUAAAAGCUGCUGCAAAAAUAAAUAACACGAAAUUGCUUGACGUAAAUUAACAUAUUAACACGAUGAUAUCAUGAUAUUAUUAACAUCGAUAACGUGUUUGAUCUUAUAUAUAUUAAUUUUUCUAUGUUGUUUCUAUUAAUUCUCUGUGUUAAUUUCUCUGAAAUUUUUAUGUAUGUUAUAUGUUUUAUGUGCGUUAAAUAUUUUUAUGUGUUAAAUUUGAUUUUAUAUAUAUAGAGUUUUAUUUUUAUUUUAGUAUAUGUUAUACACUGUGCCAUGUAAUUGUAUGUUUGCAAUGUUUAAACUUUUUAUUUAAUUAUACUUGUGAUUACUUAAAUAGGUUUAUCUAAUAAGUGGCCUGUACUUUGACAUUAUUAAGCACUCUGAGAUUAAGUGUAAUUAAGUGUAAUAUUCUGCAUAAUAUUAAGUUAAUUAAUGUGCAUUUUAAUAAGGCACUAAUUGAAUAUAUUAUAAUUGUUGCUGUUAAUAUAAAUUGCAAAUCAACAUAACGCAUUAUUUAUAAUGCAUUAAUCCCUUAUGUUUUUAAUUAAUAAUAAAAUACAAGCUUUAUUAUACAAAUGUCUUAUUUUCAUAACGCUUUAUUGAAGCAAUAACAUUUUUUGUUUGCAUAUUUUAUUUCUAUGUUACGCUACUAUUUCGAAAUUUUAAACAGUUGAGUUAUUAAAAUUAAUAAAUAAUAGAUACAUAUAAGAACUGCAUUUAAUUAAACCGAUAGAUCCGUUUGUUUUAUUCAUCGUUUUCGUAAAUUUUAUUUUCUUAAGAGCUUUAAUUUACAUAUUUAAUAUAAACAAAUUAAAAGAUUGCCAUAAGAAUAGCGUACAAUUUUCGAUGAAGAAAAGUUGCAUAAAUUUGAACAAAGAACUCAUAGUUCAGAUACGUUUUAUUUAAUACAUCUAAUUCAAACGUUUCUUUACUGUUUAUGACAAAUUCUCAAAUAAUUCAAGAGCGAACAUGUAACAUCUCUUCUCUGUAAUUUCAUUUAAUUAAAGCAAUGUUCAAAGAUAUUCUUGAUAC